AUGAGUGGUGGCAAAAAGAACUCAUUGAUUAGCAAGAUAACGGACGAAUUUAGACGACUAGAGGAAAUAUUCACAAACAUCCAGUCCUCCAUCACCUCUUUGGAAUCUCUUCGACGACGUGCCGAGAAGGCUGAAAACCCUACUGAGAAGGAUCCAGCUCUGCUUACUUAUGUGAACUUGGCAACAGUCAACCGUGUAAUGGCCAGUUUUUCCCUAAGCACUGCAGCUUCCGUUGAAAAACUUUCCGACGAGGUCAGCAAACUAUUUACCGAGACGGCUAGCAUUCUGAGACUCCUCGACUCAUUGACCGAGGUAUUGGAAGAGGCCUGCCUUAAACAUAUGGAGGAUUUUGUUGUCUUUAAAGAAUUAAUGUUAGCUGUUGAUGAAGUUCGCGAAGUACUCAUUCAGGAGAUGG